CGCCAUGGGUGCCUGAGGGAGAGAGAGAGAGAGGCAGGGGAAGAGAGGCGGCAUGGAGAACCAGGGAGCCGGCGGUGAGGAACCGCCGGGUAAGAUGAACCCUAAGCGGGGCGGUGUCGGAGGCGGCGGCUGGCGCGCCCCGGAGGAUGAGAGUAAGAACAAGCCCAAGCUGAAUCUUCAGAUAAAAACUUUGGCAGAUGAUAUGCGUGACAGAAUAACCAGUUUUAGGAAAUCGGGCGUCAAAAAGGAGAAACUUCUCAUUCAGCACCCCAUUGACUCCCAGGCUUCUAUAAAUGAAUUGCCAGUGGCUCAACCACUAUUUGAUGAACGUUCAAUGAAUUUAUCAGAAAAAGAAGUUAUGGAUUUGUUUGAAAAAAUGAUGGAAGACAUGAACCUGAAUGAAGAACGAAAAGCUCCUUUACGGAAUAAGGACUUGACCACAAAACGUGAGAUGGUUGUCCAGUACAUUUCUGCAACUGCCAAAUCUAUUAUCGGAAAUAAAGUUCCGGGAGGCCUGAAAAAUAGUAAACACGAAUGCACUCUGUCAUCUCAAGAAUAUGUCCAUGAACUACGAUCGGGUAUCGCAGAGGAAAAACUUCUGAACUGCUUAGAGUCCCUGAGAGUCUCUCUAACAAGUAAUCCGGUCAGUUGGGUUAACAAUUUUGGACAUGAAGGGCUUGGGCUUCUGUUGGAUGUUCUUGAGAAGCUUCUGGACAAGAGACAGCAAGAAAGUAUUGACAAGAAGAAUCAGCAUAAGCUUAUACAGUGCCUCAAAGCAUUUAUGAAUAAUAAGUAUGGAUUGCAAAGAAUCCUAGGAGAUGAAAGAAGCCUUCUUUUACUUGCCAGAGCAAUUGAUCCAAAGCAACCAAAUAUGAUGACUGAAACAGUAAAAAUACUUUCUGCCAUUUGUAUUGUUGGAGAAGAAAAUGUUCUGGACAAAAUUUUGGGAGCCAUAACAAUUGCUGCUGAGAGAAAUAAUGGAGAGCGGUUCUCAAACAUUGUGGAGGGGCUUGAGAAUCAUGAAGCUUUGCAGUUACAGACAGCCUGCAUGCAGUUCAUAAAUGCCCUUGUCACUUCCCCUGAAGAUCUUGAUUUUAGGAUACACUUGAGAAAUGAAUUCCUGCGCUGUGGACUAAAGAAAAUAUUGCCAGAUCUAAAAGAGAAGGAGAAUGAAGAACUGGAUAUUCAGUUGAAAGUGUUUGAUGAAAACAAAGAAGAAGACUUAAUUGAGUUGGCCCACCGCCUCAGUGACAUCAAAGUGGAAAUGGAUGAUGUGAAUGAGGUCUAUCACCUGUUGUAUAACAUGCUGAGAGAAACAGCAUCUGAAAACUACUUCCUAUCUAUUUUACAACAUUUUCUACUAAUCAGGAAUGAUUAUUAUGUUCGACCUCAAUAUUACAGGAUAAUAGAAGAAUGCAUUUCACAGAUAGUAUUGCACUGUAGUGGUAUGGAUCCUGACUUCAAGUGUAGAGGAAGGUUGGAUGUAGAUUUCACUCACCUUGUAGAUUGCUGCGUGGACAAAGCAAAAGUGGAAGAAAGUGAGCAAAAAGCUUCAGAAUUUUCCAAAAAGUUUGAUGAAGAAUUCACAGCUCGACAGGAAGCACAAGCUGAGCUUCAAAAACGAGAAGAGAAAAUCAAAGAACUUGAAACUCAGAUCCAGCAGUUACAAACCCAGGCUCCUGUGUCUUCAAGUGGCUCAUCUCCUGCAGGAGUACCACCUCCGCCGCCACCGCCACCUCCUCUUCCAGGUGGUUUAGUCUCUGCAGCACCUCCUCCUCCUCCACCACCACCACUUCCUGGUGGUAUUCCACCUCCACCACCUCCUUUGCCUGGAGGGUCUAUACCACCUCCACCUCCACCUAUGUUUGGUGGACCACCACCACCUCCUCCUCCUCCUUUUGGAGGGAUUCCACCUCUAGCAGCUGCACCAGCACUGCCUUUUGGAAUGAAACAGAAGAAAAAGUACAACCCUGAAGUGUCUAUGAAGAGAAUCAACUGGGCAAAGGUUGAACCACAGGAAAUAACAGAGAAUUGUUUUUGGAUAAAAGCAAAAGAAGAAAAAUUUGAAAACCCAGAUCUGUUUGCAAAGCUGGCUCUCACUUUUGCUACACACAUGAAAGCAGUUAAAAAGGCAGUCGAGAAUACAGAAGAAAAGAAGGUGUCUCUCCCUAAGAAAAGAGUUAAAGAGCUACGGAUAUUGGAUGGGAAGACUGCACAGAAUUUGUCAAUUUUCCUGGGAUCUUUCCGCAUGCCUUAUGAAGAAAUAAAAUAUAUUAUUCUAGAAGUGGAUGAAUUAAAACUGAGUGAAGCACUGAUUCAGAAUUUGGUAAAGAACCUCCCUGAACCAAAAGAGCUCAGUGCCUUAGCCGAGUUAAAGAAUGAGUAUGAUGAUCUCUGUGAGCCAGAACAAUUUGGAGUUGUGAUGAGCUCAGUGAAAAUGUUACGGCCUCGCCUCAAUGGCAUCCUUUUCAAACUUACAUUUGAAGAGCACAUAAACAAUAUCAAGCCUGGGAUCAUGGCAGUAACAAUCGCCUGUGAGGAACUGAAGAAGAGUGAAAAUUUUAGCAGACUGUUGGAACUUGUGCUACUGAUAGGAAACUACAUGAAUUCAGGCUCAAGAAAUGCUCAGUCACUUGGCUUUAAUAUUAGCUUUCUUUGCAAGAUUAGAGAUACUAAAUCCUCUGAUCAAAAAACAACACUGUUACAUUUUCUGUCUGAAAUUUGUGAAGAGAAUUAUCGGGACAUCUUAAAAUUCCCAGAUGAACUUGAACAUGUGGAGAGCGCAAGCAAAGUUUCAGCUCAGAGUCUUAAAAGCAACCUCGAUUCCAUGGAACAUCAGAUACAGCGUUUGGAAAAUGAUAUUAAGAAGUUCCCUAAAACAGAAGAUCCGCAUGAUAAAUUUGUUGAGAAGAUGAUAAGCUUUGCAAAGAGUGCUAGAGAGCAGUACGAAAAGUUAUCUAACAUGCACAACAAUAUGACCAAGUUAUACGACAAUUUGGGGGACUACUUCUGUUUCGAUCCCAAAACUGUUAGCGUUGAGGAAUUCUUUGGAGAUAUAAGUGCAUUCCGGACACUGUUCUUGGAGGCACUGAAGGAAAAUAACAAGAGAAGAGAGAUGGAGGAGAAAAUUAAGAGAGCCAAGCUAGCAAAAGAGAAAGCAGAACGUGAGAAACUGGAGCGGCAACAGAAGAAGAAGCAACUGAUUGACAUGAAUAAAGAGGGCGACGAGACAGGAGUGAUGGAUAAUCUACUUGAGGCACUGCAAUCUGGGGCAGCAUUCAGGGAUCGCAGGAAACGAACGCCAAGAACUCAGGUUGAGCAGUUACUGAACCAAGAUUGGUCCUGCCAAGAAGCACCCUGUGCCUGCUCAGCCAACUCUUACAGCGGGGAGGGAGAACACACUCUGCGCAGACUUCUUGGAAAAGAGGAGAAAGCAUUUGAAGUUGAAGCAGGAAUUGGCUUGAGAGACUGUGGUAUGACUGAAGGCAUAGAUAUAGGAGUUGGAAGAGGAAAUUGACCUUUUGAUUUCCACACACUAGGAUCAGAAGUUUCUAGUUGUGGUACAUGAGGAUGGGGAAGAAGGGAAUGGGUAAACCCAAGGCUUAUGAUUGUCUGUGCACAUAAGACUAUAACUACUUUAGUGUUACUUAAAAGUGAUCUGUGAAUAUAAAAAUGCAUACAAAUUUGCUAACCAUUUCUUAAUAUUUACUAUAAUUAUACUCAGUUUCUAUUGUGUAUAUAUUUACUUUGCAAAGAAAAAGAGAUGGUUUAGUGCUGGGUCUCAGUAUAGGCACAGGGAGAGGGGGGUAUAAUUUACCAACUGAAGAAAGCAAUAGAUUGUAUUGUAAUUCUACAGAAUUCUAGGACAGAGAUGCAAUGUAAUGCUUCCUUGUCCCUUUGUUAGAUCCUGCAAUAUUAGCCUUUGUUGGUUGUAGUUGGGGGUGAGGAAGAUAUUUACAUCUCCUUCCUUCCUUGUUCAACUCCUGUUCAUAUGAAUUUGCUAGGAAUUUUAAAUAUAAUGAAAGGGAACCAGUGGACAGGCUCCUUAUGCAGUCUUACAAAAUUGUAAGCUGUCAGCAAAUUUGAUUAUUGUAGAAGAUUAUUAUGAGUAAUCUUUGGCUGGGAGGUGGAAUUGUAUCCAGUGUACCUAUGUUUAUAGAAAUAGUAUUAGCUAAAAUGUUUUCUGAUAGAUACAUAGAUAAGACAGAAUGCUCCCAGGUAUAAAGGAGGAUUCUCUUUGUUGAGAAAAGUAAUAUGUUUUCCUUAGCUUCUUUACUGUCUAAUCAGUUUACACCGUCUAAUAUUUUCACAAAUAGCCUCCACAAAUCCUACUGAUUGCCCUGUAGAGUAAAUUCAAAUAGGAGGUUGUAGUAUUGAUCCUACCAUAAUGUGUUGUAAAUAUGACAUAUUAGUCUGUGCAUAUUAAAGGCUUAUUGUCAUCUGAA